AUGUCGUUAGAUCCAGCUCAAACCGCCACAACCGUCACAACCGCUACAACGUCACGGCCUAUUUCGCCAUUCCCAAAUCCAAACUCGAAACCGCAUCAUCACUACACAUCGCAUUCACAUCAGCAUCAGCAACAUCAACAGCAACCGCAACAGCAGCAACAACAAACCCUUCCGCUUCGUACUCCAAUUCCGUUUCAUUACCCGUUCCCUUCUCCCUCACGCGCCGCCGCUAAUCACGCUGUUGGCGGUUAUCCGCCUCCGGCUCCUCCUCCUCCGCUUUUGUAUUCUCACGGAGGUGGUGUUCGCGGUAUGAAUUUGGAUUAUUUAAGUCAUGCCUUGCACGUGACUAGGCCGCUCUCGCACGUGCAGUUUCCUCAUCUUGCUGCUGCUGCUACUUCCUCGCCUACAGUUAAAGGACACAUCAAGGUUACUGGUAGAUCUGCGGUUUCAGAUGUCAAUGGGCAUAAAGACACAAGUGCGAGGGAAAGAAGCAGAGAUGACACACUUACUGUUGUUAGAGACCGAAAAGUCAGACUAACAGAGGAUGCUUCUCUAUAUGCUCUCUGUAGAUCAUGGUUGAGAAAUGGUGUAAAUGAAGAAAGCCAGCCACCACAGAAAGAUGCAACGAUGGCACUUCCCAAACCAUUGCCUGUAUCUAUGGUGGAUACCUGUACCUCAAACCAGAAAGAUGAUGAAAAUGCCGAAGAUGAGCAAGAAGAGGAUGAGAAGUCUGUUGAGCACUUACCGACACAAGAUCUAUUGAAGAGACAUAUCAAGCGUGCAAAAAGGGUUAGAGCACGUUUGAGGGAAGAAAGGUCGCAGCGCAUUGCAAGAUACAGAAACAGGCUACGGCUUUUGGUUCCUCCGCCGGCCUGA